AUGGACCUCUAUACCGUCAAAGCAAAUGACACCAUCGAAGCAAUUUCUAACGUCACCAAUCGCGGUAUCUGUGAUAUAGCUCGCCUAAACCGCAUGGCCGAACGCAUACCUCCCGCUCCUCACCGGCGAAGACCUCCUCAUCUCCCCCCCCUUGAAGCCUGCAACCAGGAUGAUACAUCCUGCCUCAUCACCUCCCAACCAAACGCCACGUAUCUCGACUGCGCGCUAGAUAGACCUCACACAUACUACACGGUCAAAGGCGAUACGAAUCGCUACAUCGCCUUGAAACUGAACAUCAUCGUCGCCGCCCUCUCCGCGACCGCGCAGGGAGGCGUGACGGAUCCCGAUGCCUUGGUCGAAGUGGACAACUUCUUGAAACUGCCUCAGUGUAGCCCGAGUGUAUGUAAUAUUGUAGACAGAGUGGGGUUGACGAUUGGACAGAUUAUGGCCUUGAACCUGACGUACAAUCGUACGGAUGUUGCGAGGGGAGAGGGAGCUGUUGUGACGGUGCCGGAAAACUGUAGGCUUCUGGAGGGUGAUGUGAGUGUGGUUUCUUGA